CCUCCCUUCCUUCCUUGAGCCCUUGUUGUUAAGGCCGCAAAAGCAGCAGCUGAAUCGAGCCCAUUUCGAGUAAACACGCGCUAGUAACCAGAGAAAAUACACCAAGAGGGACGCGGCCCUGCCACACGGCCGCCAUUUUGCGGCGCCGCGACCGCCCUGCCGCCGUCAGGCCUCGGCGCGGCGGGCGGAGGCGGCGCAGGUAACGCGGCGCUGCUGCCGGCCCCCCCCCCGCGCAGCCCGGAGCCGAGGCGGGGGGCGGCCCCGGAGCGGCCUCCCGGGAGCGGAGGGCUCCGUCUCUGCCUGGGUUCGGCUUUUGCAGUUUGAAUAGCUCAUAGUUAACAUCAUCGUUUGCAAAUGCAAUGGAAGAAGGCAAGGCUGAAGAGGUGCACGGUAUUCUUCGACUUAAUGUGCGAGGAUGUAUAUACACAGCCAGGCGUGAGUCUUUAUGCCGCUUUAAGGAUUCGAUGCUAGCUUCAAUGUUUAGCGGACGUUUUCCUCUAAAAGUGGAUGAAUCUGGGGCUUGUCUAAUUGAUCGAGAUGGAAGCCUAUUUAAAUAUCUUUUAGAUUAUCUUCAUGGAGAAGUUCGGAUUCCUGAAGAUGAACAAAUUCGAAUUGCGUUGCAGGAAGAGGCAGAUUAUUUUGGCGUCCCUUAUCCAUACAGUCUGUCUGACCAUUUGGCCAAUGAAUUGGAGACAUAUUCUUUAAGGUCAAACAUAGAACUUAAAAAGGCUCUGUUAGAUUUCUGCGAUUCUUAUGAUUUAGUCUGCACCAAGCCUACAGUUUGGGUCCUACACUAUCUCAAUACUUCUGGAGCAAGCUGUGAAAGUAAAAUUGUUGGUGUGUAUGCAACAAGAGCUGAUGGGAUUGAUGCAAUUAAUAAGGAGCUAGGAAGGAAAGUUAAUAGCAAAAACAUUUACAAAAGAGAAGCUGGAAAUAACGUCCAAUACAUCUGGAGCUAUUACUCAGUCACUGAACUGAAAAAGAUGAUGGAUGCUUUUGAUGCCUGGGAAGGGAGAGGUGUCAGCUACUGGAGAGUGCCCCAGGAGCUGAUUGAAUGUUGGACUCUUGAAGAACGCCCUUUGAAAGGUAGUUUGCAUCAUAUGCCUCCAGUUCAUAAAAGACGAUUAAUCGACUUUACUGAAGAGGAAGACUGUUUACCCUGUAAAGUUGGUCCCAAGCCAAUUAGAUUCUCAGGUCCCUCAACAAGUACCCAUAUCAAAGUCAAGAAUUCAGCUUCAUUAAAAGUAGCUGCUUGCAACACUUCAGGUUCUGUGGUAACUCUAAAGCAACCCAAUAGUGAAAGUUUGGCACUGCACAAAGUAGCUUCUAAAACUGUAUCCACGAUGGGCACAACAGUGCCCACCAGUUCUCAGGCAUCCGGUGGAAGGCAGAGGGCUGAUAGCGGGCAGCUGUGUCUGAUGACUUGCAAGAUCUCAGCAUCUAGGAAGCCCGCAAACAACCGUGUAGUAAAGCUGAAGCGAACUCCACUUUCUGUUGUGACGCCAUCUCAGUCAUCUUCUUCAAUGUCCAAUAUAACAAGUGAACAGGACAGUGCUGCUCCUGAAAUUCCUACAACUUCUAUGGUACUAAACAAGAAAGAAUCAGCUGUAUCAGCAGCUAGUAUUAAGCUUAAGAAUGAUAAAGUGGAUGGAUAAUCUUUAACUCAGAUUGAAAGACUGGAUAGCUUGGCAUCAUCUGGUCAAAGAGAUAAUGAUCUCAUGUUAUCAUUUAUUUAAAGAUUUGGUAGACAAUUAUGAUGAAAAAAAUGAAAAGUAGGGAGAAAUGGUUUUAAAUGGGCAGUGAAUUGUUUCACUGUUGCUUUAAUAAAGUGUUGCUUUAUUUCUAAAUAUAUUUUAGGAUUUGGGAAGGAAGGAAGGAACAUGGAUUAAAAAAGACCUCAAAACAGCGCUGUGCAGUCCAAUGUGAUGGUAUCUCAUAUUUGUAUUUCUGUCAGGCUGUACUGGUACAACUAACCUUUUUAGAGGGAGUAUGCACAUGGCAUAAAAGAGCUUUUCAUCAACUUUAAGUACAGUUAACGUUAAACCCCCUGAAUCUAGAGUUAAAUUCCUUAAUCCAUAUAUUUAAAUUGGGGAAAAUAGAUAAUAAUGAGUAGUACCAGAUACAAGUUUGUCACAAGUGUGCGAGAUAUGAAGUGCUGCAAAGAUUUCACAAGUUGAAUGUACACUUGAUGGUACUUUUUGGAAAGGAAAAGUCACCAUUCUGUUAUUUAAUAGCAAUUAAAGAGACCACCUUUGCUUGCACAUGGCAAGAAAAUUAAUACAUACAGGGAGGGAGAAGCAUGCCAGCAAGUAAUAAGGCAGCUUUUUCAUAGGCCUGAGACAUAUGUGUACUACUUUGCUAAUGGGAUGUGGUCUGCUGCUGGCAGCAGUCCGGCUGCGGCGUUCUGAUGGAUCACAUGGCUGCGGGCCAUGUUUUCUGCAGCUGCAGGGAGGCUUCAGGUCUGAGUCGCGGCUGGCAUUACUGUGUCCUUCCGUAGUUCCUUUCACAUAAGGAGGGGACAAUUGCAACCUCAUUGUAGCAAAGUGGUGUAACAUUAGUGUCCAGGUUUAAAGAAAGAUAAAAUGACUCUUCCUUUCCCCAGAGGAGGAGGGAGGAUAUGCUGGAUUUCUUCCUGUCCUCAGUUGUACCAGGGUAUAUUUUGAGUAAUGACAUUGAAGUGAAGAAAUGCUGUGUAUUUCUGUCAGCAGAGGAAAGCAGGCUUUGGUUCAUUGUUUUUAAAAAGUCUUUUUAGUUGUUUAAACCAAUGCUGUUUAACAUUUGCUUUAAGUUCUUCAAACUAGGCUUUUUUUGUGCCUUUAUUUGUUACUUAGAAGUUGGGGUUUUUUUUGUUGCUACUGCUUUUGCUUUUUCAACACAGUAAAUACAGCUGGCCCUAAAUGUUGAAAAGACCUGUCACAUUGCCAAAAUGAAAUGGGCUUAAAAUUCCUGAGACUAUUAGAAAUACAGAAGGGUUCUUUAAAUGUUUUACUUUCUGGGUCAUUUAGAAGAGAUCACAUUUUCAGGCUUUUCUUCAUAAGCACCAGGGCUUGAAAUUUCAUUUGCACAAUUAAAAAAACAGAUUUUCAUGUACUAACAUUUUUUUAAAGAGACACUUUGCAAUGAACAAUAUUUACUGUAAGGGUGAGCAGUACUGUAAUUUUUGGUUAUUGGUUUGUAUACUGAAGGCCAGCUUACCAUUUGAAUUUUUAAACUGAUUUUUUUUUAAUCUAAAAAACAACAGCCCCAAAGCUCUUCCUAUCCACUCAGAGAAAAAAAAAAAAGAAAAAAAAAUUUCACUGAAGUAAGAAAAAGACAAAGAUUAUGGAAAGAUACUAGCAUAAUGUAAUCUAUUUUUUGUGCAUGCAGUUCAUUACUGACACUAAGUAUGUGAAAUUUGUUUUUUCAGAACAGUCUUACUGAAAAUCAGUCUUUUAAUAACCUAUUUGCUGGGUGACUUUUACUUCAAUACUUACUGAAUAGCUGAAGAGUUUACAAUGUUUCCUAAAGCUGAUUUCCUUCCUCUUCAACAUAUGAUGAAUUAAAAAGACUUCUUUAAAACCACACUAAAGCUCUCAAAAAGUAUGGACUUAUUUUGCAUAUGUACAAGAAAAAAGUUUUGAGAAUAAUCCUAUAGGACUCUCUGAGUUGGCACUAGCUCAGUAUUUAUUUAAUCUUCUUGGUAGUACGGUAUUUUUCAAGAAACUUUCAUGUCAUUUGCAUUAACAGUGGCCCACAGAGUUUUCAGUGGCUUUAAUGAUUUUUUUUCAUUGUGCUAGACACAUAGGCUUGCGGUUAAAAAAGAAAAGAAGAAACAAAAAGCGCAGUCCCUAAAAUUUUGACUCAGUAGUAGGUGGAACAGGAGAAUGGCUGUGGUGGAAAGGUAGAGCAAGAUUACUAUUAUAUUUUACAGACUUGAUUCCAUUUUUUUUUUCUUAAACUAAAUGAGGUGCAAACAUGGCCUUUUUAAUGUAUGAGUAGGCACUUUUGUCAUAUUUUUAUGCCCAUGAAGCUGGCUAAUAGUUUCUCGUAACUGAUGGACUGAUGUUGAACACUUUCAUGAUAGUUGAAUAGAAUUAACCUUCACAGUGAUUUUGUCUGUAAAAAUAGCUUAUACUAUAUGCAUCCAAAGCCUUUUAAAAUGUAGAAGUAAAAUUGCACUUGAUGUUCUUUCUGUGAGGCUAAUAACUGAAAACAAAUGAAAAGUGAAGCAUGCCAGUCCAAGGACUAGUUAUCCCUUACUGUGGCUAAGAGACUGUGUUAUUUGAGAGGCUGGAACAAGGAGCCGAAAUUCUGCAAGUCUGAGAGUCUCCUGCAGGUUGAAACUUCCUCAAAACUGCACGUUCCCACGUUUCUUGAAAGUCUGCAGUUUUCCUAAUGUUACACUUGUCUAAUUCAACUGAAGACGUACCAUCUGGUAAUGCAUCUGCGCUGAUAAACUGUGAUACACUGUUCAUACCAGUUUGCUUGGGGAAGCUACUGAAUGUGAGCUAUAGUUCUGCAUUUAGGAUUAUACACAUUGUCAAACGGUGCUUGACAGUGGCUUACUUUUUAUCUUCAUAAAAUUAUCAUUUAUUAUAGAAGAAACUAUGUUCAGAAAAUUACUUCAAUGUAGUAAUUUAAUGAUUACUAGUAUCUAAUAGCUGCAUUCUAAGGGAUGAAGUAUGUAUCACCAGUUUAGUUGGAUGCAUUAAAUUUUUUCUCAUAAA